AUGGCCCCUCCAAUGGCUCCAACGGGGCGGAAUCACAUCGGUGUCCGCUACCGCAGCCGUCGUAUUAUUCAACUGCCCUUCUACUGGGCCAAGCAAGCGGCCAGCUUGUAUUACAGGAAUCUUGGAGGAAACCGACUGCAACGUCCCCCCGAGGAUGAGCCAGCGUGCCAGCACACCGAGUGCCUGUGCUAUACCGCAGUACUCCGUACACAAGGGUCUUGGGUUGUCCGCCCGGCACGGCCUACGCAGUAUGUCUCCGGGGUUGAGUCCCCAGUUAUUCGUGUUCGUAAACUCGCAUUGCCAAUCGCCGCUUGCUUUCUCGUGGUUCACGAACAGCCCGACUGCAACACCAGUCCCGCAAAAUUGCCCACACGUACCAGCUGCAAGGUCAUUACUGCUUAUCCAAAGACUCCCAAAUCCCGCUUCCACGGGGAUACAUGCCGUCCCCACCCCAUGCCAUCUGCCUCUUCCUCCUCGUCGCCCAUCCUGAUGUCAAUCCUGACGCUGUCGUUCCGUUCGGAUCUUGCCUUAUCUGCGCCGUUCCGCGGGGUUUUCCUGGGCGGGCUGGACUAG